AUGGCCACAUACUCUCCUCAUCGUGAGGAGCACUCACCGAAGAGUGCCUUCUCACACUUCGACCCCCAUUCUGCCAUACGCGAGAUACGCCGUUCACUAUCUCGCUCACCUUCGAAAGGCUCAGAGUUUCGUCAACAGUCACUCCGAUCCCCCGGACCUAGCAAAUUACCAUUCUCGCCUUCUCCGCUUUCACCAUCGAGAAUCGCGACCUCUGACAAUUUUCUACAUCUGGGUGGUAUGAGCUCUCAUCCGAAUCGAAGUGCUUCGGCCCCGCGUUUCCCACGUCCUCCCCUUCGACGAACAAAUCAAUCUCAUGGGGUGUCUCGCCUCCGCACUUCGCCUAGGAGUCCUACGAAACGGAUCCUGACGGAUGCCAGCGACAGUGGGAACUCAUCCCCCAUGCCACUUCGCAAGAGGACUUCGGCAGAGGCAGAGCGCGAACUGGCUUUGAAAAGUUUGACCGCUGGCGAGGAAAAGGAAAACGAUAAAUCCGUGAAUGAACCCCUCAGCUGGAAGAGUGUUCAUACUCGCCAGGAGAAAAGACGAAGUGGUGGGAUGUUGAUCACAGCCGUUGCUCCUUUAAGUCCUAUGAAAAGAUCAGACGGCCCAAGGUCCGACGAAACACCAGGCUGCGAGAGUCCUUCAGCCAAGAGGAGAAGUCUCCACGGGCCAGGCCUCGAUUUCAGCAUAUUCGAGUCUGAUAGUUCGGAAAGUGGAAUGUUCGGUGACAAACGAGCGCAAGACGACAACGACUGGUUUCUAAACAACUCUUUCUUAUCAUCAUCACGAUUUUCAACGAUUCCGAAGCGGUCCUCGUCUUUACGGAAGUCGACUAUCCAGCAGAGACAGAUCGACCGAUCGAGCAAUUUGAAAUUCCAAAAUGCCACGGAGGGGGACAAGUCUUGGUUAGACUUCACUCCAAUAGCAAACCCCAAAAAGGAAAUGCGCAUGUCUCUGGAUAACCACAUGAAUCCAUUCCCAGGCGAUAGUCCAUUCCCAAGUUCAGGGAAUCUCCUGAGCGCAUCGAUCCAUCCGAUGACUACCAUGCAAACCGGCUCGUCCUAUCAGCCUCGACAUCCCCUUUCCCGCACCAUGACCCAAUCGUCAUCUCAGCCUGAUGAGCAAGACGAUUCGCCUACGCAUGAACCGAUGCACCGCCCAAGCAGACCUCGUUCUCAUGAUUUCUCGAAAUCCUUGCCGGUUGGCUCUUCUAGGCCAGUUCCAUCUUCUGAAGACAAUGAAUUCUCCUCCCAAACCUCUUUCGCUACCCCAGGCAAUUACAAAUCUGCCAAACCCUUGCCAGCUGCUUUCAUGUCGACUGGUCUCAUCUCGAAGAAGAACCGCAAUGUGGACGACCCGAAUGCGGGCCUACCCAAAGCCCAUAUGCCAGAUACGCCCUGCAAGAAACAGCCAGCCAUCUUUCAGAACGAGGAGAAAUUCGCAAAGAGUGCUGUCAAUAGGAUCUCUCGACAAUCUUUCGGUGUCCCCCCCAGUCCCCUCGAGGGGAGCCACGGUCCUUCCAAGGUGUCGGCCUUUCCAUUCUCCAAAAGUGUUGGCAUAUUUGGACGUCGACCCAGUCGACACAAUCUGCUUCGAGAUGGAAGUUUUGCAUCCAUCGACCCCGAAGAGAAAGCGAACGGUCGCUCCCCACUAAGUCGGGCAAACAGCCAGUCAACCGACUCUGAUUAUCCCCCUACACCUACCAAACAUUUGACAGAGCUUCACGAUCGGAGUUCAGUUUCUCCAUCACCACACCAACCGGCCUUGUCCACCAAUCGAGUAAUCGCUCCUCCUACCCAUGUAACUCGUUUGUCAAGCAGUAAGUUGUCUCCUAUUAUAGCAUCGCCAGGAUGCGUCGACCUGGACAGUGACAGCGUGAUGGAAGAUUCCCCAUCCGCCAACCUGAGACCAAAGUCGGCGCUGACUGUCAUCACCCUCCCGGAUCCCGCUCUUUCCCAAGGUCGGACUUCGAAAGGUCUCAGAUAUCCUCUCUCAACGAGAAGGACGAUCUCGAUUCCGACAAUCCCUCCCCCUGCUUUGGAACGUGCUAAGAGAACAUCUGUGCCACCAGUCAGCCCAAGGAUUGAAAAGACAGAUCGCGGAUCUCCUCACACGCCUCUCGACAGCUUCUUUCCUCCCGACCCAAGUGGCCUAACCAUUUCAGGACGCGCUGAACGUCCGCCAACGAGGCAGAACAACAUGGCACCUAUCAUUCCAGCAACACCGACUGGCCCACGAGAAUACUUUACGAAUUUCUCUAACCGUCCAAGCUUGAACCUCGCCUCAUCAGACGCCACGAACAUCGACAGUAGCUUGACGUCAAGGUUUGACAAGGUUGAUCUUAUUGGCUCUGGGGAGUUCUCGCAAGUCUAUCGAGUCUCGCAACCCCCGGAGACAUCGCCAUUCCAUAAGAUCUAUUCCGUGUCGACCAGCCGUCCAUCCUCGAGAAAUUCUGUCCCCGAAAAGAUUUGGGCUGUGAAGAGAUCCCGGUAUCCUUAUGCUGGUGCUCGAGAUCGCCAGAGAAAAAUCCACGAGGUGGAUGUGCUCAAAGCCUUGGGUCAUUCUGAUCACAUUGUGACUUUCGUCGACAGCUGGGAAGGAAAUGGCCAUCUGUACAUUCAGACAGAAUUCUGCGAAGAGGGUACGCUUGACGUCUUCCUUGCACAGGUUGGCCUGAAAGCGAGGUUAGACGAUUUCCGCAUCUGGAAGAUCCUUCUUGAGCUGUCAAUAGUAAGUGUGGAGAACCCCAUCACUCUCGUCCAACCUAACAGCGACCAGGGUCUAAAACACAUACACGACUCGGGAUUCAUCCAUCUCGACCUCAAGCCUGCGAACAUCCUCAUCACAUUUGAGGGCGUUCUCAAGAUUGCGGACUUCGGUAUGGCAACCCGCUGGCCAGCAAAGGCUGGCAUCGAAGGCGAAGGAGACCGCGAGUACAUCGGACCAGAGAUUCUGAUGGGUCGAUACGAUAAACCUGCUGACAUAUUCGCACUUGGUCUGAUCAUGCUGGAGACGGCUGGAAAUGUCGAACUCCCAGACAAUGGGGUAUCCUGGCAGAAGCUGCGAAAUGGUGAUAUGAGCGAUGUUCCAAGCUUGACAUGGAGUUCUGGAACGAGCGGGAUUCUAAGGGACUCGUCCGGUAACCCUAUUUCUAGAGAGAGUUCCUUUCAAUUCCGCCCGGACAGCGACCAGCACGAUGUGGAAGUGAUGGACGGUGAUGAUUUCGAGCCGACUGUUGCUCGGCCUCACCAAAAGCCCUCACGGUUUGAGCGAAGCGGCGAACUGGUCGAUCCACCUCAGUUUAUGGUUGAUCCCUCACACGAACAAGCUCUCGACCGAAUCGUGCGCUGGAUGAUAUCUCCAGACCCAAGCGACCGUCCUAUUGCCGACGAGCUGCUCAACAUCGAAGGCGUGAGGUGGGCGGAAACGAGGCGGCGUGCAGGAGCGACCGUCUUUGAAGGUAAUUGGGGACCUGCCGAUGAGGUUCUCGCUGAAGAUGCGGAAAUGAUCGACGUGUAA